UUUACGAUAGAGCGCAACUGGUGGAAGUGAACGCAGUUUAAUGGAUAAGAGUGGAAUAAUUUGUCGUUCUACGUAGAUAACACGCUUGGAUUUCGGGAAUAAUAGAAAGGAAAAGGUCACACAAUGCCUUUAUUUGGCCAAAACCCAUUCGAUCAGGAUGUGGAGAAAGCAACCAGUGAAACCAACACAACAGAGGACUGGGGCCUUAUUAUGGAAAUUUGUGACCGGGUCGGGACAACUUCGAAUGGGUCAAAGGAUUGUCUCAGGUCAAUCAUGAAGCGAGUCAACCACAAAGUCCCUCAUGUUGCUAUGCAAGCAUUAACGUUGCUAGGUGCCUGCGUCUCAAACAGUGGAAGAAUCUUUCAUCUAGAAAUCUGUUCACGAGAGUUUGCCAGUGAAGUUCGGGGUGUGUUGAACAAGGCUCAUCCAAAGGUUAGUGAGAAACUGAAGGCCCUGAUGGUGGAGUGGGCUGAAGACUUCCAGAAAGACCCACAACUAAGCCUCAUCAGUGCCACCAUCAAGUCCCUCAAAGAUGAGGGAAUGACCUUUCCUACCCCAAAUACCCAGAGCUCCAGCACAAAACACAACAGCACUCCCUCCACCAGCAGACCAGCUGAUGAUGAUGAUCUGGCCAAAGCCAUUGAGCUGUCCUUACAGGAGCAGAAGCAGCAGGCAGAGACACGACCCCUCACAAUAAUCGCUGAUUCGCCUUACAACACCAUUGGAGUGAAAGAGUCCUGCAAGGUGCGCGCCCUCUACGAUUUUGAGGCCGCUGAAGACAAUGAGCUCACCUUUAAGGCUGGAGAGCUUGUGCUGGUCCUGGAUGACAGUGAUCCAAACUGGUGGAAAGGAGAGAACCAUCGAGGAGUUGGGCUUUUCCCAUCAAACUUUGUCACCACCAACCUGAAUGCUGAACCAGAGCCGGAGAUGUAUGUGGAGAAGACAACCGUUCCUGAGGUGCCCAGUGUUGAAGCCAAAGCUGAACCUGAGCCUGUCUAUAUAGAUGAGGAGAAGAUGGACAGAACUCUGUACAUGCUCCAGAACACAGACCCUGCAGAUGCUUCACCUGAUAGCCCAGAGCUGGUCACAUUAGAAGAUGCUUGUGAACAGAUGAACCCAAUGAUUGACGAGAAACUGCAAGAGAUUGACAGGAAGCACUCAGAGUUGUCAGAGCUGAAUGUGAAGGUGUUGGAGGCUCUAGAACUGUAUAACCAGUUAAUGAAUGAGACUCCAAUGUAUGCAGCAUACUCCAAAAUGCAGUCUCUCCAAGGCACUUACCCAGUAGCCCCUCCUCUCAAUAUGCAGGGUUAUCAGCCGCCUGGAGCAUACAUGUCCUCUGGUGUUCCACAGGGUUAUAGUCUAAGUACAGACCAACCGGGACCUCUCUGUUCCCUCCCUCCUACAAUCAAUUCAGCAGCCAACAGCCACCAAGCACAAUCUCCCUACAUCAGUGGCCAUAUAAAUGCACCAUACAUGAACCAAGCUCCUGGAGCCCCCACCCCUUAUCCAGCACAGAUGGGUGUUGCUAUGGACAUGUCUGCCUAUCAAAACACUAAUCCUGGUCUGCCUCCAACCUCCUAUCCAAUGGCAGCCCCGGCCCAACCUGGCCCUCAGCAGCAACAAGCAGCCUUCUACCAGCAACCCCUUCUGUAAUGGUGUGCUGAAGAUCUGACUCUACAGCCGUGAAUUUUUCUACCGAUGCAAAUUCCAAACAGUGAAAUUACAUUGAGAGUAUUUUUCUCUCUCUUACAUAUAUUGAUGUCAAGGGGUAUGCAGAGAUAUGACAUUUGUCUUAGCAGGACAGAGAUGUAACUCACUUGAAAGGAAGCAAGCACUUCAUUUUCUCUCCCACUUAUUAACCCCAUGAAGUAGUUUUGAGGAAUGUUUUUGGAAUGCAUCAUACUAAACCAGAACAUUAUUUUUUGUCUUGCUAUGCUAAUCAUCAGCAUAUUCUUUAUUUUUCUGAUUUUGAAAUUAAGAUAAAGAUGGUAAAAUGCAAAUGGAAACAAAUCUUUAUGACUGGUAUUUCCUAGUAUCUUUGACUAUUUUUUUCCCAUUCAUUUCCAGAUUAACAGACCCAUAAACUUUGAAUUCUUGCCUUUCAAGAGAGAAUGUAUUUUUAAUGGCACAAGGCAUUACAGAGGAGACCGUUGUAUAAAGAACAUGAUAAUUCCAUGGAUCACCAAAUCUGCAUUGAAUUUAUGUACCAAGACUCCGAGCACUUGUAGAAUUUCCUACUAUCAGAAUGGCAGAACGAUGGGACCGAUUUAGGGGGGGUAGCAUUAAACAGCAGUUUAAAGCCAAUGCCACUGGCUAGAGACUUUCAUGUAAUGUUCGUUAAUUCUUUCGCAAGCUUUGCUUUUGAUUUCUAUGAACUGAAAGUCGUUACAGAUGCAAUCCCUUUAUGGUCAAAUUGGUCAAUCCAUGUGUUUCACUGUAUAAUGAUAUUUAUAAUAUGCAAGUGCUGCUUGUGUUUGCAUUGUGGGUGUUUGUUGUUGUUUGACUUAAUGUAAACUGUGUAAAAUUGCAUACAGUACAAUAUCAUUUUCAUGGUCUAUGAUUGAUUUCCUCAACCGGAAAUAGUGAAUUUGUUGAUGUUUGCUUCUUUUCUGACAACCCCCAUUUGAAUUUGAUAAUCCCUUUACAAUAUGGGCAGAAUUUCACGUUCUCUUUAAGAUGGGUUUAUGUAGUAAAAUAUUAGAUGAGAAUUGUCUUUGUUAUUUUCUUAAACUGCUUGAUAAAGAUGUAGUAUAUUAGAUGUUAAAUAUCUGGCUGUCUGUGUUGCGCCUUAACUUUAUAAAAAUGUAUUUACCACCAGAUGCCUUGUUAUUUCGAGAGAUGGAAUAAAAGUAGAAACCAAUUUAAAAGACUUUAUAAGCUGCUGUAUAUUUGUAAACAUAUAUGUUUUAAGAGAUUUGGAGAGAAAUCUGUAUUGUACUCUCAGACCCAAUGUUUUGUAACACAUUGUAUCCUUCCUGCCCAUUUUUCAAAUUCCUUUUGCAACACAGUGAACUCUUAUAGUCUUCAGAAAAUAAAAACUA